UUACUUACUCACAUUUCAUUAUCAUCCUCUUUCUCCGUUUGAAGGGAAUUAUUUAAAAGAGAAAUGGAGCUCAAAGCGCAUCUGAGCUGGAAUUCAGGACUGAGUUGAGGUCUUCUAGAAACUGUGCUCUUUUGUUUCUCUCAGGCUCGAUUACCCAGAUACCGUUACUUGAUAAAUCUUUCAUCUUUCAUCUUCCCAUCAAAACUGCUACUUCCUAAUCGAUUUGGUGCAGAAACCCAAAAUGGGCAGAUCCAAAUCUUCUUGCUUUAAGGUCCUCCCAUGUGGCAACGGUGCCGCCGACGAAGACGCACCACCUUCUGAGAGGAAUAGUUCAAGAGACAAAGGAUGGUUGAGUUUUAGGAAGAGAUCGUCCAGACACCGAGUAUUAACCAAUGCUAUAGUUUCGGAAUCACCUUCAUCUUUGAGUAAUGAUUUGACAGAAGCUGCUGCAGCCCCUGAGAAAGAAUCUGCAGUGGUUACAUGGAGUAAUGAGAAGACAUCGACAGUAGUAGCAUGGGAAGAAGAUGAGAAAUCCAUUACAGAGAAACCAUCUUCUGUAACAUGGGCAGAUGAGAAACCAGUUACAGAGAAAGCAUCCACUGUAACAUGGGCAGAUGAGAAACCUAAUGUGAACUCAAAAGAAACUGAGGGAAAGUUUGAUUCAGUGAAUGUGACAGCUGCAUCCAUCAUCAAUCCGGAUGAGUCUACUGUAAUUGUUAUCCAGGCUGCAGUUCGAACAUUUUUGGCUCAGAGAGAAUUGCUGAAGGUCAAGAAUGUAGUCAAGCUUCAAGCUACUGUACGAGGAUAUUUGGUUCGGAGGCAUGCAGUUGGAACUUUACGUUGUGUCCAAGCAAUUGUGAAGAUGCAGGCUCUUGUUCGUACAAGGCAGGCUCGUCUUUCUUUCGAAAAGGAUAAGGACAGCUCAUUGAUUUCGGAAAAAGGAAACAGGCCAAAUGGAACACAUGCUUCAAUUGAGAAACUUCUAGCCAAUAAAUUUGCUCGCCAGAUACUGGAGUCAACGCCCAAAACAAAAAGUAUCAAUAUUAAGUGUGAUCCUUCUAAAUCUGAUUCUGCUUGGAAAUGGUUGGAAAGGUGGAUGAUGAUUACAUCAUUAGAACGUGAAAACCAAACACAGAAACCAGAUUCAUCUGUCAAACAACAAGAUGAGGAUAUUGAGCUUUCCUCCAUUCAAGGGGAAAAUAAGUCUAUAUUUGAAGAGUGCAAAUCAACUGGUGUGGAGGAAAUGCAAAAACAGAUAGCUGAUACAGUUAAAGUUUUUAAACACUUGGAAUCUUCAGAUCCGGAAAACAUCAACUCCCUUGUCAGUGAACCAAUUUCUGCUUCUGCAAAUGAUAACAAGAUUCCUGAUAUGUCAAAUACAUACGAUAAUUCUCUGAAACAAUCAGAUCUAGUUUCACAGACGGGGGACCUUCCAAAAUUUGGAAUAUCUGAAAUGCAGAGUGAACCAAUCAAUAUAGAUAUUUCUGGUCAGCCGAUGGUUUUAUUUUCACAGGUGAAGUCUAACUCUGCACAGUCUGGAGAGUCAUUAUGUUUGCAAAAUGCUAAUCUAGUUUCAGUAUCAAAAGUGGAGCCGAACUCUGAUUCUUUUAAGCCAGAGAUACAUGAUGAAGAAUCAACUUUUUCCAAAUAUUCAACUCUUGAGCAGCUGCAGCCCGAAGAAUUGGAUCUCAUGGUUGGAUCAAUAAAGGAAUGUAACCCCGAACCUAUUGCUGCCCAAACCAAAUUUGAGAAUCUGAAUUCUGAAGGCAAUAUAGCAAGAUCUGUUGUUGAAGACAUAGCUGAUCCAGAACUGGAUUCACUUUCAUCUGCCAUAGUUAAAGAGACCGAGACUAAUAAUACAAAUUCCACAUUGGAUCUAGUUGGAAAUGCAGAUUGUGAGACUGAACUUCCCAGUUUAUCCAUGAUCCAUUCACUUGGUGGGCAUAAAGAUGAAUCGGUGAAUGAUGUUGAAUAUGAAGUAAAAAAUGAAACGGACAAUGGAAGCAUAAAUAUUACUAAAUGGGUUGAACCUAUCUCUGAAGCUGUUGUUGAAGCUAUAAAACCAGUAUCCUCUGAAGCAGCAUCUCCAAGAAGCCAUUUUACGGCCACUGAAUCCCAGGGAACACCAUCUACUCAAAUUUCAGUUAAUUCUAAGAAAGCUAAAACAGAUAAGAGUGGCGCGAGCCAGAAACGUAGGUCCUUAUCAACUGGAAGAAGAUCCCCUUCAAACUAUAAGCUUGAGUCUGGUUUAAGGAGUAGUUUGGAUAAUUUGCCUAAAAGCACAAAGCUACGUCAUUCUCUAGACAAGACUGAUUCUGGUGAUAGUAGCUCUCUUCCAAGCUACAUGCAAUUGACAGAGUCGAUGCGUGCCAAGGCUUAUAGCUCUCCAAGAUCUAGCCCGGAUGUUCAAGAAAGGGAAAGCUUUCUCAGGAAGAGACAUUCCUUACCUAUUGGAAACACAAAACAGGAAUCUCCUCGUAUCAUGCGGUCUACAUCUCUGGCGCACCAUGUUGCCAAAGGAAAUGAUCAUUCUAAUGAGAGAAGAUGGCAAGUGUGAAGGAUACAUUAUUCAGAACUUAGAAGCUAUGAAGAAUGUAUAGUAUUGGUCAUCGGCAAAGUGCAGCAGCUCUUAAUUCUAAAACUUUUUUUUUUCUUGUCUUGAAUUUGAAUUGAACUCUUCCUUUUGUGUUUGUUUAUCUUUUAUAUACUUGAACUUGUUUUCUUUAUGAUCAAAGAGGCUUGAAAAUUGAGAGAUAGCAAUGUUGAAUAAAUUGACAAUGGUCAAUCUUUGGUUUUGGUUUUG